CUAGAGAAUUUCUCUUCAAAACUUAUACCUAGAUUUGGAAGCAAAAGUUUUCCUCUUUAAACCGGCGAGUACCCGCGCCUUCGCGUUUCACUUCUUAUUGUCAUCUCAACUUGUAUUUCUUUCCUCUUUCCUCUCAACUCUUUGUUUUCUUUCCCACUUCUUCAUUUUUACUUUGGUGUCAUAUCGAUUCUAAUUGCUCGAGCCCUUUUUUUCCGCCAUACCUGAAGGCCAAUAUAGUUGUAAUUCAUCAAUUUGAGACGACCCAGUUUUUCUUUCCAAAAAUUGGAUUAUGGAGAUAAAGACGGAUAGUAACGAUGACUCGCUCAUUUUAGUUAAGCAAGGAGCUGAAGCUAGAGUGUUUGAGUCUACUUUCGUUGGAAGGAGAUCAAUUAUUAAGGAACGGUUCUCAAAGAAAUAUAGACAUCCAUUACUGGAUUCCAAGCUUACACUCAAGCGAUUGAAUGCAGAAGCAAGGUGCAUGACAAAAGCUAGGCGACUUGGGGUUUCUACUCCAGUGCUGUAUGCUGUUGACCCGAUAUUAUAUACCCUGACAUUUGAGUAUGUGGAAGGUUGUUCUGUGAAAGAUAUAUUGCUUGAAAUUGGGUCAAAUGAUGGUGAUUCAAAACAGUUGAGUGACAUUGCAAUGCAGAUUGGUGUUGCAAUUGGGAAAUUGCACGAUGGUGGUUUAAUUCAUGGUGACCUGACCACGUCAAACAUGUUGAUCAGGAAUGGUACCAAUGACCUCGUUCUCAUUGAUUUUGGUCUGAGCUUCACGUCAACUAUUCCAGAAGAUAAAGCAGUUGAUCUAUAUGUGUUGGAACGUGCACUGCUAUCAAUGCAUUCUUCAUGUGGGAAUUUGAUGGAGUUAAUUCUUGCUUCAUACCGGAAGACUUCGAAGCAAUGGUCGUCAACCUCAAACAAAUUAGCUCAAGUGCGUCAGAGAGGCCGAAAACGCACCAUGGUUGGUUAAGUAACUUCAUUUUUAAUCUGUUUUGUUGGAUUAUCAGUUGACUCCUUGUUGUAGACUCAUUGAACUUCUUGAACAAUGUAUCUAAUUAUUCUUAACCUUACAACAAAUCAACAAUUAUGUUUUCUGGAUGGCAUUUUUACGGGAUAAAACCAUUCUAAACUCUUGUAUUUACAUAUAAUAUAAAGUCCAUUUUAAUUUUUAACUACAAAAUUCAUGCACUCAAUUGAAUCA